AUGGAGUGGGCAAAGCAGACUUACAACGAGCAAUACGAGGCCUGGAUGCCCUGGAUCGAGGACAACUUCCUCAAGUAUUUUACCAAGGAUAACAAAGCUAGCUACGCGACUAAAGGCGAGUAUCUCUUUCACUUAUAUCCCCUUCAUAUGGUCGGAUUCAUCCCAAACUCUCUCCUCCCCUUCCAGAAGAUCGGACUCGGGCUAACCAAAGCGUAUCUCCCAAUAGAACAACUAGACAAGGCCAAAGUAACCAAUAUCGAUCAGGUCAAUACGCUACAGGAUAGUGUACACGGCACAGUCGCUGGACAAGUAGGCCAAGGCGGAUUGCUACAGCCAGUCGGCGACCUAGUAUCAAAAGAGGGCGUCAACCGCGCCGAGCGAGGCGGAAAAGACGAGCAGGGCGGAAUCCUACCUUCUGCUAUCCCUGGGAUCCCCGGGCUAACGAAAUAAAUGCCAUGUGAUGAAGACCUCUGUGAGGAUUGGUACGGGAAACGAUGCAGGGUACUAUGUGAUAUUCGUAAGGGGAGUAUGGAGUAGGUACAAGGAAUUGGAACAUGAUGUAAUGAAAUAAGCUAGUAGCCAUAACGAAAUGGAUUGCUGUUUUCGGUAGUCAUAUACUAGAAUAUGCCUGAUUAAAUCUUCCAACUAAUUCAGCUUCACUUUCGAAGACAGGGAAGAUGUGUACCAGUUGUCG